GGGCGGCCUAGGCCAAUGAGCGGCGGGCUGCGGGGGCGUCACGGACAGCAGCAGAGAUCUUGGGCUGAGGUUCCCGGGCGGGCGGGCGCGGAGAGACGCGGGAAGCAGGGGCUGGGCGGGGGUCGCGGCGCCGCAGCUAGCGCAGCCAGCCCGAGGGCCGCCGCCGCGGCCGCCCAGCGCGCUCCGGCCGCCGCCAGCACCCGCCGCGCCGCAGCUCCGGCACCGGCCCCGGCCGCCGCCGCCGCGAUGGGCAACGCCGCCGCCGCCAAGAAGGGCAGCGAGCAGGAGAGCGUGAAAGAAUUCUUAGCCAAAGCCAAAGAAGAUUUUCUUAAAAAAUGGGAAAGUCCCGCUCAGAACACAGCCCACUUGGAUCAGUUUGAACGAAUCAAGACCCUCGGCACGGGCUCCUUCGGGCGGGUGAUGCUGGUGAGACACAAGGAGACCGGGAACCACUAUGCCAUGAAGAUCCUCGACAAACAGAAGGUGGUGAAGCUGAAACAGAUCGAACAUACCCUGAAUGAAAAGCGCAUCCUGCAAGCCGUCAACUUUCCGUUCCUCGUCAAACUCGAGUUCUCCUUCAAGGACAACUCAAACUUAUACAUGGUCAUGGAAUACGUGCCCGGUGGGGAGAUGUUCUCACACCUACGGCGGAUUGGAAGGUUCAGCGAGCCCCAUGCCCGUUUCUACGCGGCCCAGAUCGUCCUGACCUUCGAGUAUCUGCACUCGCUGGAUCUCAUCUACAGGGACCUGAAGCCGGAGAAUCUGCUCAUUGACCAGCAGGGAUACAUUCAGGUGACAGACUUCGGUUUCGCCAAGCGCGUGAAGGGCCGCACUUGGACCUUGUGUGGCACCCCUGAGUAUCUGGCCCCUGAGAUUAUCCUGAGCAAAGGCUACAACAAGGCUGUGGACUGGUGGGCCCUGGGGGUUCUUAUCUAUGAAAUGGCCGCUGGCUACCCGCCCUUCUUCGCAGACCAGCCCAUCCAGAUCUAUGAGAAGAUCGUCUCUGGGAAGGUGCGGUUCCCUUCCCACUUCAGCUCUGACUUGAAGGACCUGCUGCGGAACCUCCUGCAGGUAGAUCUUACCAAGCGCUUUGGGAACCUCAAGAAUGGGGUCAAUGAUAUCAAGAACCACAAGUGGUUUGCCACGACUGACUGGAUCGCCAUCUACCAGAGGAAGGUGGAAGCUCCCUUCAUACCAAAGUUUAAAGGCCCUGGGGAUACGAGUAACUUUGACGACUAUGAGGAAGAAGAAAUCCGGGUCUCCAUCAAUGAGAAGUGUGGCAAGGAGUUUUCUGAGUUUUAGGGGUGUGCCUGUGCCCCCAUGGAUUUUCUUUUCUUUUUUUUUUUU